AUGACUACGAAGAAGGAGGAUGUUCUGGAAAUCAACAUAGAGAAGACCGCAAUGGAACUUCCUGUGACAGCGUUCCCACCGUUUAAGCUGAGGUCUGCAAUGGUGGAUAAGGACCCAGUGAUUUGGGUUCACCUUAUUGAAAUCUACAUCCAGUAUGUCGAGACCAUCUUGACAACACCGUGGGACCUGAACGAAAGAAGCGAACAACAACUACAAACCUUUGUGAAGACGUAUCUCUUUGAGAUUGCCGAGGAACAGGGUCAGAUUCUUUCUCUUGGUCUUAUCAACGUCCAAAUCACCGAGAACUUGUCCAUUCUUCGAGCAUGGAUGCUGGAUCUCAUCAAGGAUCUGGGAGUGUUGAGGCUGAAACUGAAUGGCGAAUCCCUAUGGAAUAUGUCCAAGAUCUAUGCUCCUAAGAAUGCAGCCACUGUUAGAGGAAUCAUUGACGGCAGUCUCAAACCGAGGGAUAAUAGAACUAUCAGUGGCAUCUCCCAGGUGCAUCGCCAUAUCGAAUCUCUAGUGUCCAAUGGCAAGUUUUCUAAAGUGGACUUAGAGACGUUUGCAUUCCUCGUGACUGAUAAGCAGAAGGUGUCUCAAAGAGGUAAGAAGCCCUCGAGGAAAGAUCAAAUGUUUGGAGACAAGUUCAUCACGGUUUCAUGGUGGGAAACAUUGGAGAAGCUGUAUGCAAAGGGCCAAGGUCGAUUCGCACAGCACUGUAAAGAGAUUGGGAUCUUAUCACUCAUCUCUGUUUCGUUAGCUAGAGUAGCAGAACUGGCUACUGAACUGGGCAUAACAUCAGUACAUUCUCUCGGACUCUAUCCUCUGUUUGCGGGCAUCACCACGUCGGCAUCUUUCGGAGAGUUACAGCCAGGUUUAGAUACAAAGAUUCCAUUUUUGAAAGUUAAGGUGAAAGAUCCUGUUGACCAGGAGCAUGUCCAGUCACUGAUUGCAAUGUUUCCUGCCCUAUCAGUAUCACAGACGGAGAAACUUCUUCGAAAAUAUGACCAUAAUGUUGAGUCAGUGACGAACUUGUUAUUGGAGAACCCAGAGGCAGCAGUCGAAGCUGUUAAGAUUGUUCCCAAAGUACCAACUGCGGACUCCAUCAUUCAAAAGAAAGUCAUAUCAAAGAAGUCACAUUACGUUCCAGACGAGCAUAAGAACCGUACCCUUAAUGCAGCUUUGAAGCUGAUGUACGAGGCAGAUGAGGACGAACAUGAUGAUACCUACGAUGAAGCAGAGGCUAUAGCAGGACUUACAGGUGGUGAUCACUCCAAAUACGACAAGAUGGAAGAAUAUCUCUGGAACAUCUUCAAAAAGGACCCACAACUGCUGGAGAAAUCAGCUCGCAAAUCCUCCAAGAGAAAGGAAAUCAAGAAUCAUACCAAAUGGUCUGAUGAGCAAAUAGAGGGUUGGGCCAGAAUGAUACAAAAGUCACCAAAGAGGGCGAAGGCUUUAGAGUCCAAGUAUAUGUUUAGAGGCAACAAGCCUGAGAGGUCAUCUUUCAUAAAUGGUGCAAAGGAUGAGGAAGAGGUGGAGCAAGUGGAGGAGAGAGCUGCAAAGACUUCAGCACCAGGUACUUCAGAGCCUAUAAAGUCGGCUAAAAACAGUAAAAGAGAUCAUGCACGCAACGAGAAGAAUAAAGCAUCAAAGGCAAACCAUAACAGGAAGCUAGGCCACGAUAGAAAGAUGAACAAGGGCAUUUGA